ACACACAUGCUCUCUAUGAUUACUGGUUACGUCUCUGUGAAUGGAGAUAAUUUGCCAAUAAAAAAAUCUGUUUUCAACGUAAGGGAGAUCUUUUGAUUGGAUUGUGUUAAUUUCUGCGUAGAUUUUCCAAUAAACCUGUUCCAGUAUAUUGAUGGAAAAUAUAUGGGAUAUUUGAAAGAACCAUAUGGAGAAUAGCAAAUGAGUAUUUUUGACAUACCUCGAGUAACCUAACUUUUAACAUAGACGCUAAUCUCAUUUGUGCAAUUUUCUUGAAAUUAUUAUACUCUCGUCAAAAUGCCGUUAUUAUGCUGGGGUUCUAACAGUCAUGGUCAGUUGGGGUUGGGAUAUAAGUCAGAAGAAGAAAUCGUUCCCAAAGAGGUACCCCUAUCUGGUACAGACCUCAAAGCUGAUGAAAUCGUGUCAAUUGCUGGCGGAGCAGGUCAUACUCUCAUAUUAAAUGAGAAAGGGCAAGUCUUUUGUUGUGGAUGGAAUAAAAUGGGUCAGAUUGCUUUGUCUGAGGAUGCUUCUAAGUUCACACAAAUUGAAAUACUCAAGGGUUUCAAAAUUGUCCAUAUUUCUUGCGGCUGGGAUUUCAGCGCUGCAAUAACUGAGUGUGGUAAGCAGUUUGUCUGGGGGAACAAUAGCUUUACUCAGCUCGGUUUAUCGAAGAGCAUUACUUCAACUGGCAUCCCUUCAAGGCUUCAAAUAUCUCAAAAACUUGCAACUGGAUAUAAAAAAGUUAGCUGCGGAUUAAGACACUCUGCAAUUAUCACAAGAGAUAGUGAACUUUUAGUAGCAGGAACCGGUAAAAAAGGUCAAUUAGGAUUAGGUGAUAAGUAUGAUGAUAAUAGCUAUUUGAGUAUAUCUAAAGUUCCUGAUUUGUAUGAUAUUGUAAGUGUUGCUACUGGUGAAAACCAUACUGUUUGCUUAAGGGAAAAUGGAACUGUAUUCGCUUGGGGAGAAAACAAAUUUGGUCAAUUAGGUUUAGAUCCUACUAUUGAAACAAGCUUUGUCCCUGUUGAAACGUUUGAGGAAAGAAGUUUGAUAGAAGUUCAUGCUGGUUGGACUCACACAGCUGUUCUCACUAAAACUGGUGAAAUUUACAAUUGGGGGAGAAAUUCUUAUGGUCAGCUUGGUUCUCGUAGGGAAGUUACUCAUAAACCUGAUAAAAUACCAAAUUUCACUGGUGUGGUACAUUUCAGUGUGGGUUCUGAGCAUAGUUUGGCUCUGAACAAGGAUGGAAAAUUAUUUGCUUGGGGUUGGAAUGAACAUGGGAGUUGUGGUACAGGGGACAAGAAAAAUGUGAUGAAACCUACCCAGAUUUUGUCUAAUAUGAAAGUUAAAACAGCUUUUGCUUGUACGGGUAGUUCAUUUGCAGGUAGGAUAAUCUCCGUAGAACAAAAGGUAUCCGAAUUAUGCACAGCAUUUUCGCAAUAUUCCAAGAAACUAGCGAAGAUACGUGAUGGCGGUGACGAUUUAUCUAACGCCCUAUCGAAAUAUGCUGGAUCCGAAGAUAUUACAAAAUCCCAAAGUGCGGAAGUGCAGAGUUUUGCCGAGGCAAUGCACGCGAUGAGCGAUUACGGAGAGCAAAGGGUAAUAUCCUUAGAUCACAAAGUUGUCGAUGAGUUGGCCAAAUAUGGGAGUAUUUGCAAGCAGCUCAAAGAAGAAAUCAAAUCGAUUUACAACGCCAAAGACCGGGAAACGACCAGGAAAAGGCAUCUAGAUCGCGUACGAGAUAGGAAUCCGAAAAACAGGCAACAAAUUGUACAAGCGGAAACGGAACUAAUCAGGGCAACAGCAGAAGUUACAAAGACUGUUCAUCAGAUCGAAGAGAAGAUGAUAAAUUUUGAGAAGCAGAAGCUACAUGAUAUGAAAGAAAUCUUUCUGGAUUUUAUCGUUACUGAAAUAGGAUAUCAUGCCAAAGCGAUGCAGAUUCUAUCAAAAACCUACCAAAAUAUAGAUAGCAUAGAUGAAGCAGCUGAUCUUCAGAGUUUCAAGGAUUACAUCCUCGAAUCCGACCGUUAUUCUGGAAGAGGCGAUCAAAAGAGCGGUCUAUUAAGGGUGCCGUCUUUGAGCUCUUUGGGAACCAUCUUUUCGACUGGUCACCGGCGAAGCACACCGGGUAUCCCAGGUGCAAGAAAACAUUCCCGAAGCGAGGAAAACUUGGAUUCAAUGAAAGCUAGCCUAUCAGAUACAGAAGAUACGCAGUCGGAAUUGAACAAAAGUGAAAGUCUCAGCGAACAAAUAUCACAAUUUGAUGAUGAAGACAAUGAAACAAAAUUAAUAGUGGAAAUAAUGGAGACUAAACAAACCAAAGAUGACUUCAAACAGAUAGAAGACAUAAUAGACGCGAGAAAAGAACUCGGCUACUACAACGUGUAUAAAAAUGAAACUUCGAGAUUCUCAACGUCCAAUAAUGUUGGUGGGAACGUAGACAGAUAUGUCAGAUUCGAAGAUAAUAUUUCUCAAAACGAUAGCGUUUCCAACUUGAAAUUGACGGAUUCCGAAGUGACCAUCACUAAAGUACGAUGCGGAGGGACGGCGUUCAAAAGAUGUCAGAGCAAAUGGGAUAUGCAAGAUGUCGCCAUUCCUGGCGAUGGUUCUCAUUUGGGGGAAUCACCUUCACUGGUGAAUUUGGCUACAAUGGUUAUUCAGUUUCCAGUGAAUGUGCCAUCCGCCGAUGGUUGUGAAUAUUUAGUUCCUUUGAGUUCUUGGGAUCCAUAUUACAAGUUGGAAGAGUGCAAUAGAAAACCUGAAAUAACUGAUUCAGAUAGUACAAAUGGAAGUAUAGAGAAAAAUCUGAGAAACUCCGAAUCUUCAAAUUCCCGAAUCAGUAGUUAUAGAACGAGACGUUUAGCUUUCACAGAGAAAAUCACCAAGUUCAUUAAAAACCGUUGUAAAAGAUCGAAAGACGUAUAAACUCGUAGUACAAAUUUUGUUUUUCAAUCAUUUUUUGAUGAAUCUAUUG